AUGAAAAUGGGAUCUGCAAAGCGGAAAAGUUCCUUUCGGAUCGAUGACAUUUUACAUCAGCAGCGUGCAGAACAGAAUCUGCUCUAUCAGCAUCAUGCUGCACUGGCUGGUGGCCAGUCCCAUACAGAUGGUACCGAAGGGGUUCCGGCGGAAGCUUCCUCUUCGCUUGUCUACCCCUCGACUCCUGCCGCUAGCUACGGUGGCUGUCCGCCCAUGCCACCAACCAUGCCAGUGGACUGCAGUGCAAGUGGCCGGCAUCGUAGUAGCACCUCACCCAGUUUAACCACCCAGCCAAACCAUGGUGAUAGCAGUGCACCAUCACCGGUAUCCAUCGGUCGAGCGGAUUCACCUAAAAAACCGACGGCCAUGUAUCCGGGGCUGUUAGAUUUCUCCAAAAACAUGAUUCCUCUCCCGCUGCAGCUCGGUGUGCCGACGUUCAAUCCGAUUAACGCGGCCUACUUGGAACACUAUGCGUCCGUGCUACACAAAGCAACUCCCCGCGUAUGGCCAUUCUACGCCCAUCCCUACAGCUACCUCCUGCCUGCAUGCGGUUCCAAGCGCAAGGGUGGCCAGGUGCGCUUCACACCGCAGCAAACGCAAAGCCUGGAGAAGCGCUUCUCCAACCACAAGUACCUGUCACCGGAAGAUCGUCGUAAUUUGGCAAUCCAGCUAAAGCUGAGCGAUCGGCAGGUGAAAACAUGGUUCCAGAACCGACGUGCCAAGUGGCGACGGGCAAACAGUGGCUGCCAGUCGGUGGACGGUGAAGGCGUGACCGCCUCUGGCGCUUCAGCCGGAUAUCCGGGCGCGGUCAACCACAGCCAUACGCACAAAUACUCGAACGGUGCAGACAGUCAGCGGCAAGCCGGAGGUACCCGGUCGGCGACCAACAGGAAUGGAUACGAAUAUAAGAGCAACGAUGGCUACUCGGAUCACGACGAAGACGCCUCAUCCGGUAGUGACGAUCCGGAUGAUGAGAAUGACGAUGAACCAGCUUCACCGAUCAAUGUCAUCUAG